AUGCCAUGUGCGCUGAUCAAGGUCGCCAGGGACCAGCUGUCGUGGAGCCUGGAGAUCCUGGUGCAGCACGGCAUGAUGCCAGAAUAUGAGAUGCAAUCCAUUCGUUCAAACAUCGACCUACGGCUCUCGUUGUCGCCUCACUCAGCCGCCAGACGAGAAGCACAUGCUCCUCCCACCGACCAGCUCAUAGACCUUCAAGAUGGCCCCCUCUACCCAGUCGACGACGAGGGACACUCUCUCCGAGCCGCCUCAGAAACAGACGCAUCACAACCCAACAACAUCCCCCGGACGAGACCCGAACGCUGCAGACUUUGGCAUCAAGUCAACCCAUACACUACAGAGGAAGAGCCUGCCCGAAGCCGAGACACCCUCGACCCGGCGUUCCGGGAACCAGUCCCGCCACCACAACCACAACCACAGCCAGCACCACCCCCGCCUGCCGCCCGCGUCCUCGCCUCAAUCCCACAACUGACACCAGCAGCCUCGCUGGUCCAGACGACCGACCCGGCAGGCAACCCCACCAAACCGCCCUCCCCGAUCGGCCCCAGCCCGCAUCGCCCGUUCUCGCGGUGGCCCCGGGGGGUAUCCUCCUAGGUGCGGCGCGUCACCCGCCCUGACGCC